CCGUUUGCGGACGCCAACCUGUAAUUAUUUUAUGUCUGCGCUUCCCCUCGGCGUCUCCUCCCUCCGACGGUUCUGGGCUUCUUGCCGUCUCCAUCCGAUUCCGAUCCCCUCGUCGUCUCCAUGAUCUUGACAUCAAAGUAAAGAUUUUGUAUGAGCGACUCGAGACUGCUUCCACAAGAUCGAUAUUUUUUUUGCUGCGGGGAGUGGGUUCUUUCGGCGAAUCGGAGGAAGAAAAGGACCAAAAGGUCGUCGUGUUUUGGUUUCGUUUGAGGCUUUACAUCGAUUCAAUUUUCCUGCGCUGAGGAAGGAGGGCGCGGUGGGUGGAGAAGGACGGAGGCAAUGAAGCGGUAUAGGAAUGGGGAGAUUUGGGGUUUCGAGUCUCAGGUGCCGCCGAGUCCUGACGGGGGCGUCGUCCUCGGCGUCGAUGGAGGUACUACCUCCACCGUGUGCGUAUGCCUUCCGGCAUCCUGCCCUCUUCCUGAGCCCUUGCCUGUCCUUUCCCGCGCUGUUGGUGGAUGCUCAAAUCACAAUUCCGUCGGAGAAAAUGCUGCUAGGGAGUGGCUAGAGGAGGUUAUGGCUCAAGCUCUUUCAGAAGCUUGCUGUAGUCGCUCAUCUGUACGGGCAGUUUGCUUGGCUGUAUCUGGAGUUAAUCAUCCUUCAGAUCAACAAAGGAUAAUCAACUGGCUCAGAAACAUAUUCCCAGAUAAAGUCACAUUCUAUGUUGAAAAUGAUGCUGUUGCAGCGAUGGCCAGUGGAACAAUGGGAAAGCUAUAUGGAUGUGUAUUAAUUGCAGGCACAGGAACCAUUGCUUAUGGGUUCACGGAGGAUGGAAAACAAGCCAGAGCUGCUGGUGCAGGUCCAGUUCUAGGGGAUUGGGGGAGUGGAUAUGGCAUUGCUGCACAGGCAUUGACUGCAGUCAUUAGGGCACACGAUGGUCGGGGGCCUCAGACAAAGUUAACAAAAAACAUUCUUGACAUGUUUGAACUUUCUUCACCAGAUGAACUGAUUGGAUGGACUUAUGCAGAUUCCUCUUGGGCUCGCAUUGCGGCAUUGGUUCCCACUGUGGUAUCUACUGCUGAAGAUGGCGAUGAAGUUGCAAAUAAGAUACUAUAUGACUCUGUUCAAGAGUUGGCAGACAGUAUUAUAGCUGUUGUGAAGAGACUUAGAUUGUGUGGUGAAGAUGGCAAGGACAUUUUCCCACUCGUUAUGGUAGGCGGUGUUCUCGAAGCUAAUAAGAGAUGGGAUAUUGGUAAGGAAGUUGUGAAGUGCAUUUCAAAGGUUUUUCCAGGAGCUCUACCCAUUCAACCUAAGGUUGAACCAGCAGUCGGUGCUGCGUUGGUAGCCUGGAGCAGAUACACGAAAAAAAUUAAAGAUGUACAAGAUCGAGAUUCCCCUCAAAUAUCAGUGGCACAAUAACACAAGAAAGUUUUCUUUUCAGGCACACUAGUUCAUUAACUUCAAGAGGAAUCUCUGGUUUUGUGCUGUAAAUGAUAGUCAAGUAGAUUUGGACUAAAUUUUACUUGGUAACUGGUGUUCUUCUCAACAGAUUCAUAUAUAAUUUGUGGUUUUUAUUUACUUUA